AUCUACGAUUUCCCUGUUGCGACGAUAUCCGGACACCUGUUGAGACGGCCACCUGCAAAACCAGAACAAAGACGAUUGAUUGAACUCGCGCUGAAGCUAUAGCACAUGUAAAAUUAGGCCAAAACAUAACUUAAGUMRAAUCGACCAAAAAAUCAGAUGAUAUCUUAAAGUAUGCCRCGUUUGUUGGCCAAGCUUUGACUUUAAAAACUUGAAAAAGAGUCUGGGAGACUAACCAAAGGUCAAUCGUUUUCCGGAAAGUGUUUUCCGAGGUGAAAACACGCGACGAUACAAGGAAUUCAUGUUUAACCGUUUAUCGGAUUUUGUUACCUCAAUUGAUCUGGUCUGACGUCUCAUAUUGAAGCUGUUUACUGGAAAACAAGUCAUUAAGACAGCCUGUCGCAAUAGCCUUCAAAUUAAAGAGGCGGGGGAUCUUAAUGGCCUAAACGACGCCACGAGCUUACACAAAUUAGUUGGCUCAACAUUAAAAAUUCUCGUGCAAGCCAUUUGCUUUGUUGAAGCGAACUGGUCGAGGUGUGUCUUCGAUGUUCAAGACAACAAGACAAAAACAGCUUCAUUAAACUCUUAAAGGAUAAAAAAGUCUAGUAUAAAGAUAAACCGAUUAUAAACAUGUCAGGCGUGGCUGUAUUCCUAUUGGUCGCCUUAACAAUACCCUAUGACGUCACAUGCACUAACAAAGGGGAGAUUCUUCUUGGUGGACUAGUGCCAAUCCACUCUAAAUGCUCGGCCAGUUCAGACUGUGAGUGCGGUGCUCUUCAUUCAAGGCUUGGUGUUCAGAGGCUUGAGGCUGUGCUCUUUGCAGUGGAUCAAAUCAAUUCCAAUCCUAACAUCCUUCCUAACGUCACKCUAGGCGUCCAAGUCUACGACACCUGUUCAUCAGAGACAGAAGCACUUGACAAAGCAGUCAAAUUUAUCAGCGGUCGAUUAUCAUCUUCGUCACYAGGCCCUCCUGUUGUKGGCGUCAUUGGUGCUAGCUACAGCAGCGUGUCUAUUCAAAUCGCACAUCUWCUGMGACUGUUUGAAAUCCCGCAAAUYAGUUUUGAUUCAACUAGUGUGGAGCUGAGUGAUAAGAAGAAGUUUAAGUAUUUCUCGCGAACUGUACCACAUGACGGMUUCCAAGCUAAAGCUAUAGUGGACGUAGCGAGGCACUUUAACUGGACGUAUAUCUCAGCCGUGUACAGUGACGAUACGUAUGGCAUACAUGGAAUGGAGGAGCUGAAAAAGGAAACCAAGAGAGCAGGAAUCUGUAUUGCUAUUGCUGAAAUGAUGAAAGUUUCCAAAAMUGGCGAAUCACUACAUAAAAUCAUCAAUAAAAUCAUAUCCGAGCCGCUUGCCAAGACGGUGGUAGUGUUCACAAGUCAAGAAAGUCAUAUCAGAAGUCUUCUCAAAGCUGCCGAASAGCAUAAUGUCAAUCAUAAGAUACAAUGGGUGGGAAGUGACGCUUGGGGRAAUAUUGUAUGGCUAAAAGAAUUGCAACAUUUAGCUAGCAACGCCAUCACMGUGUCACCCAAAAGUGUUCGUUUAAAAGACUUUGAGGACUAUUUUGUAAAUUUGACUCCGGAUAAUAACUCCAGAAAUCGAUGGUUUACGGAGUAUUGGCAAACACACUUUAAAUGUGCACUCAACUCGACGACCCAGAAGAUCAACAAAUAUCCAUCAAUCUGUAAUGAUUCUGUAAGACUWACUCCAUCCAAUAGCAACAUCGAUAUGAGAGUAGCAAGUGCCAUCGACGCAGUCAGCGCAUUUGCGCAUGCCCUUAAUGACAUGCAUGCUGAAUUAUGCUCAGGUUCUGUWGGACUUUGUGAYGAAAUGUCGAACAUCUCUGGAUCUAGYUUAUUGGGGUAUUUAAGAAAUGUUUCCUUCRAGGGGAGCACUGGGUUUAAAGUAGAGUUUGAUCACCAUGGAGACGUUGAAGGAAUAUAUGACAUUAUGCACUUUAAGAAACAUGGUGAUAUCUACAAAAACACGGCGAUUGGACAAUGGGCCGAAAAACUGAGCUUSAAAAAAGAGACUGGAUUCCAGGUAGUGACGUCAUCAUGCAACAGACAGUGCUYAUCCAACCAGGUUGUAGUACCGGUAAAAGGYAAAGAGAAAUGCUGUACAGAAUGCAUUGAAUGCAGCGGCAAUAAGUACGUAUWUAAUCGAACGACCUGYGUGCAAUGUCCGCCGGGAUAUUGGCCUAUGAGUGAAAGCAAAGGKUGCUCACAGAUCAAAGUAAUGUAUUUUGGUAUUCACCUUAUGUACUCUAUCCCUACCAUGGUGYUAUCAGGCACUGGUGUAAUAGCCACAAUCUUUGUUAUCAUCAUGCUUGCAAGAAACGAUCAGACGCCUAUAGUUAAAGCCUCAGGACGUGAAAUGGCUUAUCUAAUCCUUGUUGGWAUCCUCAUCUCCUUUCUUCACACGUUCAUCGUUGUUAUCAAGCCUUCAGAUAUCUUGUGUGUAGCUCGUUUCUUUACUUGUAGCAUCGCCUUCAGUAUAUGUUACGCAGCGAUCUUUAUCAAGACGAACAGAAUAUCGCGAAUUUUUAACCGCCGUAACAUUGCUAGGCGACCGAUAUUGAUACUGCCUACGUCACAGUUGGUAUUAGUAAUGGGCGUGGUCUGCAUUCAAGUACUGUUUCUACUAAUGCUCGCUUUACUACGCACGCCCAAAGUGACAACMUUUUACCCUACUGUUUCGCACGUCUACAUCGAAUGUGCUGUYAACGAUUUGGACUUUGGUCUUUCGCAGGUUUAUAACUUCGCCUUGAUCCUUGUAUGCACAUUAUAUGCAUUUAAAACUCGCAARAUUCCCAGCAAUUUCAACGAGGCUAAAUUCAUCGCUUUYGCGAUGUACUGUACAUGCGUAAUCUGGCUAGCAUUCCUGGCGAUCUACUUUAUGAGACCGUCUUCCAUGGAACGUUCAUUAAUUCUUUGUAUCAGUGUGUCUUUAGUUGCCUAUGUACUGCUGGGGACACUAUUUGGUCCUAAAAUUUAUAUACUUUUGUUCAAACCACAUCGCAACGUUAGAAAACCAGUGACAAGUUUGAGUUUGUCGAGUAUCAACCAAGCCAAUAGAUGUCCCAAGUGCGCUUAUGUUGGUGUGAACUUGAGUGUCGAGAGAGACUCAGAYCAAGCACAAAAUAGUAGUGCUGAUGAUCCUAUCGAAGGGAAUUCUAGCAACAGAAUGGCUUUACUGGAGAACAAUCGUCCUAUUUCUCUUUAUGGUCAAGAUGGCUCGCUUAAACCAGAUGUAGAGAAAGUAAUCAAUUUCAUGCGGAAAGAGUUGCAAGCCACGAAAUACGCCCUGAGAACAGCUAACGAGAAACUGCGUCAAAAGGAGAAGGAUGAAUUGAACGACGAAGAACUUAUCGACAGAAAACGAGCAAAAGCUUUAAAGGAGGUGAAAGGUGAAAAUUUAGAAAAGAACCCAUGCAGACAUUCAGCCUGUGUUCAAACAUGCUAUCCGCUGUGCAAUGAGACUACAUACUCUGCACAAGAUGAUACCAAURGCCACCAAAUAAUGGAUAUUAGUAAAGCGAGCAGUCCUGGACACGGCGUUGARKUAGAUCARCCAUGCAAUGUUUGUACUAAUGAAAAAUGGACAAGCUCCAACAAACUUGCGGCCUUUUGUCCCGGAUGUAAAAAAGCAUUUCAAUUGGACCCCUUGUGUCCCUGGAGAAAGAGCUACUCUCUUUCAGACAUUGAAUCGAGGCUCGAUAACAAUGUGAAUAAACAAAAGAAAAGAGACAUUACCUUUGGGAACGCUCCUGAUUUGGUUUCCACAGAGGACCAAGAAAGUGGUGCCAGUACUUUAUUGGAACCGUGGAAUAGUUUGUUGAUACCAAAGGGGACUAUGUUGUAGGGGGACUUGGAAGCGAUUGAGAUUUAUGAACUUGUAAGAAUAUUUUUUAAAUACAUCAAUUCAAAGUGGCCAAUGGCCAAUCAUUUGYAAAUAGCCAAGGACCGCUAUUGAAUAUUUAUUCGUUUCAGUUCCUCGGAUUUCAACAUGCGCCAUCCAUUAUUAUUAUAGAGAUUAUGAGUAAGGGAACAUUUAUAAAAAUUCAUGGUUAACAUAUAUUCAGUAUUCAGAAACCGUUUCUUUCUUGAGUGAAACUCUGUAUUUGUCUCACUUCAGAGAAUUAAAUCGAAAUUUUAAAUAAAUACGAAGACACGA